AUUGUAACAAAUUAGCUAAAUGAAACACGUAAUCUAUGUAACUCCUACAAAAUAGGCCACGGUUUCUUAGACCUGGCACACAUUAACGAGUCUCGUAUAGAUAGGCACGUAUUCGCAACUAUGCUUAAGAUUUUCGUGAUGUUGGGGUUCGUACUUUACGCGGUCGAAGGAGGCGGCAGUCACGAUUAUUGCCUGGAUUUGACGCCUCAACCGCAUGUCGACAUCGAACAGCUCCUGGGGAUGUGGUACGGCGUCGAGAUCAUAUCGCAUCGAUCGGACGCAAAGCACGAGAUCAUCAAAGACGAAGCCUGUCCGGUUCUGUACUUCUCCGAGGACCGCACCCCGCGUUUCAACCAAGACCAUCCGAGCUUCGCGUUCGGUGACUACGCCAAGGGAAUCCCCGGUCACCAAGAAACCACCCCAAAAAAUGACUACGCAUAUACGUAUCCGUCGACGAACGGUAACUAUGACUACCGUGGCUAUGGUAACUCGGAGGAGUACCGAAGGAGGAAGUACCAGGAGGAGAGCAAGAGGUUGCGAUUACUGUGGGACGAGAUGGGUUCGAACGUUGAGUAUAAUUUGAGGUACAACGCGACCAGGGCCGGAUUCUGGAUCAGCUCGGGUCCUCAGAACGGCUCUCAAUUGGCGACAAAAUUCGAUGGAUUCGCCGGGGUAGUUCAGGUGCUCAAGGCCGUCGGUAAUCACAUGGUUCUCGUGUUCUGCCACAGAUUACCAGAUCCUAAACUUUACACUGUUUUAUUGAGCAGAGUGCAGACCUUGAGUAAGCAUGACGUGCACGGUGUCCAUGGCCUGUUGAACCGUCGAGGAUUGAGCACGAAUUCCAUAAGGAAGGUGUGCACGUACAGCGGCGCAUCCAGCACUUACGCCUCGUCUGCGAUCGGCGUUUUUGCAAUGCUCUUCCUAAGCCGGUUCUGCUAAAUUUGCGUAUACGCGACCUCAAAGUUAAUUAUUAUCCGAUGGAGAACAUUAAAGAAAGAGACAAUCCAAAUCCGAUCGAAGGAACGAAGAGAGAGAUAUAAAAAGUGGAGAAUCCCACGCGAUGAUGCAUUAAUUAUACCGGAUAAUAAAUAUUCAUGAAAGGACAAGCAUCUAAAGUGCGGUUAUUUAUUAUUCAUCACACAAUUUACUUAUUUAUUGGCGUCAUUAAUUGAUCGAGUAUUAACAUAAAACCAUAACAGUCGUUAUUUAUACGAUCAUCAAUUGUUAAAAAAAAAAACAAUUUAUAGUCGCGUAAAAUUUCAAAGAGAGCAAAAUCUCAACAACAAAAAUCCCCAGUGUAAAUUUGUCAUUUUGAAUCAUAAAAUGAAUCACACAUGAAUUUAGG